GAAAACGUAGAGUGAGACUGAGAGAGGCCAGACAGGGUUAAAAAAAAAAAACCCUUAGGACACAAAAAGUAAGGAAAAAUUGGUUUGUCUUUCCUUCUUCCACUCUACUUUUCCAUCUUCCACAAAAUUUAAGGUUUUGAUCCCCAUCUCUUUCCUCUCAAAUUCUUCCGCCGUUCCUAUUCGGGGAAGAGUAACAACUUGAAGAUGGGUUUCUGUGCCCCGUACACCUCUCUAUGGAUCUUCUGCUCCCAAAGUGAUGUGAUACUUAUUUGAUUGCACGCAUACCACCCCACAGCAGAGUUUUAUAACUUUUUUGUGAACCGCAACAAUUUCUUGGGGUCUGAUGGAUGAUAGUGGGCAUCGUGAAAAUGGAAGACUCAAAACAGAUCAGUAUAGAACAGCUCAGGGUCAGUGGCUGAUGCAUCAGCCAUCAAUGAAGCAGAUAAUGGCCAUUAUGGCUGAAAGAGAUGCAGCUAUUCAAGAAAGGAAUUUAGCACUUUCUGAGAAGAAGGCAGCUAUUGCUGAGAGAGAUAUGGCAUUCUUGCAGCGAGAUGCAGCAAUUGCUGAGCGAAAUAGUGCUAUAGCUGAACGUGAUAAUGCCAUAGCAAAUCUUCAGUAUCGAGAGAACUCAUUGGCCACUGGUAACAUGCCCUCUUGUCCACCAGGGUGUCAAAUCUCGCGUGGGGUGAAGCACAUGCAACAUCCACAGCAAAAUGUUCACCAUCUGCCUCACAUUAAUGAAGCACCUUACAACUCAAGGGAAAUGCAUUCAAGUGACACCCUACCAGUUACACCAGGUACCUCUGAAUCUGCAAAGUCAAAGCAGGGUAAACGAGGAAAGGAGGCCAAGGUAAUUGCUUCUAGCAAGAAGGCUCCAAAGCCUCUGAAAAAGGUCAAACGAGAAAAUGAAGACUUGAAUAAGAUUAUGUUUGGCAAGUCACAUGAGUGGAAGGGUGGACAAGAUGCGGGUGGUGGAGGUGAUGAUCUCAACAAACAGCUAGUGGCAACAAAGUCUGAUUGGAAAGGUCAGGAUCUGGGAUUGAAUCAAGUUGUAUUUGAUGACUCGACCAUGGCACCACCUGUUUGUUCAUGCACUGGAGUCCUAAGGCAGUGCUACAAAUGGGGAAACGGGGGAUGGCAAUCUUCAUGUUGCACAACUACCUUGUCAAUGUAUCCUUUGCCAGCAGUCCCCAACAAACGACAUACUCGGAUUGGUGGCAGAAAGAUGAGUGGAAGUGCUUUCAACAAGCUGCUUAGCAGGCUUGCAGCUGAAGGUCAUGAUUUGUCAAAUCCUGUUGAUCUUAAGGACCACUGGGCCAAACAUGGGACAAACAGAUACAUCACAAUCAAGUAGGUUGUUUAAGAUAUCGAAUUGGAUGGGUAAUGACGAAAUAGAAAAGAGGCAUUUGAUGCUCGACCGCUCAUGUGUUCGUCCUUAGUCAUUUUAGCAAUGGAGGAAAAAUAAAGAAUAUUGAAAAUAACCAUAGUGAGGAUUAUUAAGUGGGUAAUGCCAACUUAUUUUGGGUUUUACUUCAAAGUGGCGCCUCUAAUCUUUCUGUCCCUGCUGCUUCGAUCCUCUAUUAGCCUUUUAUGAAUUCAUGUCUCUGCAUUCAGUUCGAGUAAGGAGUGACUGGUAGCUGAAGAGAGGAUCAAGGAUAUGUCCCUUCCCUUUUCCUUUCCUUCACUUUCUUUGCCACAUUCAACCUUGGAAACUCAUGGGGGUUGUCCACUAUGUUGCCUGUAACUCUACUUAAUUGUAAGGAAAUUGUACCUCAACAUCUUAAUGUACUCGAAUGAAAUUUCAAUUUAUAAGCUUAAGCUAUUGUUAUAUUA